AUGAAUAAUAGUUGCUCUGCCUUAGUGCCUCCAUUCCAGGAUGUCAAAAAUUUAUACUCACGUGCAAAAACUAAGUUUUUUCUCAUUAAGAGCUCUUCAGACAAAAACAUUUCAAUUUCUUUAAAUUUUAAUAUAUGGGCAACAACUCCAAAAAACGAAAAUAAAUUCGUCACUGCUUUUGUGGAAAAUGACUACGUCGUUUUAAUAUUCUCCGUUAAUGGAAGUUCUAAAUUUUGCGGUUAUGCCAUUAUGCAAUCAAAGCCUGGUAUGUCAAAAAACAAUCAUGUUUAUUUUUAUUAUGACGACAAAAUAUUUCGGGGGAGAAACUUCGACAUCCAGUGGAUUAGAGUAGUUGACGUAGCUUUCCAGGAAGUGUCCCACUUGAAAAACAGCUUGAAUGAAAACAAACCAAUAAAAGUUGGUAGAGAUGGUCAGGAAAUCGAACAAAUAGCAGGAAUUAAACUGUGUGAGAUAUUUGAAGCGAAGUUUGUCAAAAUAAACAAUAUAGCAGAUACGCAACCUAAAAAAAACAUACAAACAGCACAAGAUGUUAAUGAAAACAAUUCAGUAGGAAGUCCAUGUACGGAUGAAAAAAAGCAGAUAGGAACAUUGAGCCCUUCAAAUAAUAAUUCAAAUACAAAUUACAACCCCAUUCGAACUAUACAAGAAGAAUCGCAGUAUAAUUUAUUUAAUAUAUAUAACCCAGCUUUACACAUUUUCCCGAUAGAUCUGACAAACAUGAAUUAUGACGAAUAUAUUGAUUUGUAUGAAAAAUCCCUAUUAGUAUGGCAGCAAAAAAUGCUACAGCUAAAAUAA